AUGCAGAAGCUCCUUCCGUCCCACAAGACGGCCCAUUCCAGUCACAUGCCCGAGGUCUCGGCAGAAUGGGCUGCAGCUGCUUCAAAUCUGCUGUCUAACAUCAGAAGCAGUUGGACGAACUGUGCCGUACUGACUGCAGUCAGGCUCCCGGGCGCCGAGGAAGACAGGGAAAAGAUUUGGGACCCCAGCGCUAUGUUCUCGGAGGAUCUGUGGCUGGAAAAUGAGAAAACCUGUGCCGUCGUUCACAAGUCGAAGCGAGGAAGGAAGCGCCAAGAGCUCCUGGCUGUGGCCCUGGGGGUGAAGGUGGGAGUCAAGGGGGCACUUUUGUGGCAACCUCUGAAACUCUUUGCCUAUUCACAGAUCACCUCCUUGGUCAGAAGAGCAGCCUUAACUCAAAACGACAACCACUUCAACUAUGAAAAAGCACACAAUUUUAAGGUCCAUACGUUUCGAGGUCCACACUGGUGUGAAUACUGUGCCAACUUCAUGUGGGGUCUCAUCGCUCAGGGAGUGAGGUGUUCAGACUGCGGGUUGAACGUACAUAAGCAGUGCUCCAAAUACGUGCCCAACGACUGCCAACCAGACCUCAAGAGGAUAAAGCGAGUCUACUGCUGUGAUCUCACCACACUAGUGAAAGCCCACAAUGCCCAGAGGCCGAUGGUUGUGGAUUCAUGCAUUCGAGAGAUCGAAGCAAGAGGUUUAAAGUCCGAGGGCCUCUAUAGAGUCUCAGGCUUCACUGAGCACAUUGAAGAUGUGAAAAUGGCCUUUGAUCGAGAUGGUGACAAGGCUGACAUUUCUGCCAGUAUUUAUCCAGACAUAAACAUCAUUGCUGGAGCACUGAAGCUAUACUUCAGAGACUUACCAAUUCCCGUGAUCACCUACGACACCUAUUCCAAGUUCAUAGAGGCAGCAAAAAUCUCCAACCCUGAUGAAAGACUAGAAGCAAUACAUGAAGUGUUGAUGUUGCUCCCUGCUGCUCACUACGAGACACUUAGAUACCUAAUGAUUCAUCUCAAAAAAGUUACCUUACAUGAAAAGGAGAAUUUUAUGAAUGCUGAAAACCUGGGAAUAGUGUUUGGGCCUACUUUAAUGAGACCUCCAGAGGACAGUACCCUUGCUACACUGAAUGACAUGCGGUACCAGAAGUUAAUUGUGCAGCUUUUAAUAGAAAAUGAAGAUGUUCUCUUUUAGACGAAGAGAGGCAUAGCUUCAAAGCCAUUUGUUUUAAAAUAAUUAGUUUGAAGGAAAAACAACAUUUCUUUAAUUUUUUUUUUAAACAUUGAGGAAGAGUUCCUUGACUGCACUUCAAUUUCUGCAAAGUUGCAGAUGGAUGCCAAAAUGUUUAGGGAAAGCCUAUGUCUCAUAGACAUAUGCCUCUUUGUAGAAGGGAAAAAAAAGGUCAGAAAAAAAUCCUCUUACCUUGUAUCUUUUGCCUUGCCUCAGAUGUAUAUUUGUUUUGAGAAGUUGCAAACAAUUUUAUUGUUAACUUAUUAAGAAACACAAAACAUAUUUUAAUAUGGCUAGAGAAGCAAAAAGGUACUUAAUCAGUGUUACUUGUAUACACCUAUGCAUUUCCCUCUCCAUGAGACAUAAUUAUAUAUGUCAAUUGUGAAACAGAACCUAUAUUAUAAAGAUAUUUUUACUUUAACUAGCUGAAAGAAUGGCAUUUUAUUUUAGCAAACUAUGAAAUCAGUGCGGUGCAUUGAUUAUUUUCCACUUAAUUCUUUCCUGCAUUUUUGCUAUGAUAUAUUGAAAACAAGUACCACUAAUGCAGUAUUAUUCUGACAUACCUCUUUCACUGCAAGUGUUUUGAAGGAGAAUUCUUUUCUUGUGUGUAUUCCAGCUUUUCUUA